AUGCACCAAUCUAGUGAACGGAUUGGUGUGCUAUCUAAUUACUAUCUCAGUUUCGAUUCUGUUGGAAAGGUUUACAAGUUAGUGAAGAUAUCGGGAGUCUUCGGCAGAUGGGGUGUGUUUUCUAAUGGUGUUAUUUAUUUUGACGCUUCGGACUUUACAGAUGGAGCCCUGACUGGGAAGAUUCUUAUUUUAGAUCUUUCUGAUAAGGCGUUUUUCCUUGUCCCUACUCCUCUGUCUCUAUAUCUGUCUUUAUAUCUGAAACUAAUGAGUAUUGAAUUCGGAAUCAUCUCUUAUCACGGCAAUGAUAUCAGAGACUAUGUGGCGGCGGAGGCGAUAGACGAGAUGAAGUUUGAGUUUCCGAUUGCAAUUUAUCCAGGAAUUGGUGUCACGUGUAUACUCCCUGAUGGCAAAGUGUUGAUGGAUUACGUUGAAUCCUUUCCUUCUGAGAUAUCACUUCAUUUAUACCUAUAUGAUCCAUCCAAGAAGGAAACACAUAAGAUCGAGGUUAAUCUCAAUUGUUCCUCAAGGGGAUCAAGCAACCAUUUCCUAAAUUCAGGUGACUCUGCAUCUUAUUAUGUAGAGAACAUCAUGUCGCUAAGGUAUAUUUGA